ACUGAGUAAGGACUAAAAGGAUAAUGAAAGAGAAUUUAGGUGGCUAAAACCUAGUACAGAUGUCGUAGCCUCGGCAAUCUGUUGCCAUCACUAAGACACAAUUGACUUCUCCGAAGUCCAAACCGGCGAGGCAGAAAGGGCACAGAAACUGGCCUCCAAGUCGCGCUGAAUGCUCUCUCCCCUGUUCCUCAAUCAGGACUAUGAAGCGGAGGCAGAAAAGAUUAACUGAUCUAAACUACGAUGUAUUGAAACACGUUAUUUACCACCUAGCGAAAUCGUCUGAUGGUGCCAAGAGCCUCGCCAGGGCAAUAUCUGUUUGCAGUGUGUUUAAGGAACUUGCAUAUGAUAGAGACAUAUUGAAAGCCGUGACAUUUGAUGAUAUAAAGCUGCCCGUUAUCCAUGAGUCGUUUUGGCUACCCACUGCGUUGUUGUGCACUUGUUUUGGGGUAGCGAAUUUGAGUGCGGCUGACAAAAUAGCUGAUUAUGCAGGGAUGCUGAAUGCGGCUCACAAGGCCCUUAAAAGAGAUAUGUUCCGUUCGAGAGUGGCCCUCAUCGCAAGAAGUAUGGAUAUCGAAGUUGCAAAUACAAGGGCAAGGAAGAAGGCUCUAGAUGCAGCAAUAGAUGGGUGCAUGAAGAUUUGUGACGUUAUUGACUCUCAACUACAGAAAACUGAACACUUCUUGAUAAUGCUCAAAGCUGCACAGAAAGCUCUUAGCGCCGAAGUUGCCAAGUGAUUGGGGAUUUGAACGGUCCAAGUGAUAUUCUACAGAACGUAAAUUAAAGAUAUCAGUCCCAUUGUUAUACACGAAAAAAAUGCAUCUCUCCCCUUUAAACACAUAGCCAUGUAAUGUGUUCAGGUCAUUAUUUUGUUCUCCCUUUUUCUUUUUGGUAGAUGAAACACUCGAAAAUGACUGCCACAAUAAUGUCUCAUAUUCUAAGUUAUGUGAGUAAUGCAAAUGUUCUUCCAAAUGCAGGUUACUGACCUUAAUUCG